AUGACACAAAGAACAGUCUUCAAAAUUUUCGGCUCACUCGGACCUGGUGGCACUUUCGUCACCCUCACUGAGAAAAUUAUCAGAUACGUCUUCAACGCUGCCUAUGACCUCCAAAAUGAUAAUGAAUUCAAGGCUUCCGAAGAAGCUGAAAUUGCCAAGUUGAGACAAGACUUUGUAAAUGAGUUAUUUGAGAUGAAAGGAUAAUUUGAGAGAUAAUCAAAGUCUAUGAGCUAAUUAAUUAAAGUAAAAGCUUACACUGUUCUCCACAAGCUUAUUGAGAGAUACCAAAAGCAAAUCAUCAUGCUUGAGAAGAACAAGCUCUACAAAGAAAAAACCUUUUAUCAAAACGAGGAAAAUCAAUAGAGAGCUGAUUUGGCUUCUAAAAAACUUGACUCAGUUGACGCAGAUGUUGCAGACAAUCUCAACAAGAUGGCCAUACACAUUCUCAACCCAGAUAUGAACGAAUUUAAGAGGCAAAAUUCUGGCACUAUUGAAGAGAGAGUCAGUUAAGUUAGGGCAGAGGAAUUUGCUAGAUUCUGGAAAGAAUUGAAGGUUAAGAAUCGUCUAUUCGGAAGUAACAUUGAUGACUCCAACGAUCCUAUAAUUAAGAAUCAUAAGUAGGAAUUAUAUGUCAAGUUUGGAGAAGAUAUCGCUGAUAUUUUUGAAUCAUUCAAAUACUACCAAAUUGAUACCACAGUUGACUCUGGCACCACAAUAUAGUGA